AUGGAUGGUUUCUACUCCUCCGCAGAAGAUGGGCAGGAUGUGAUCAAUGGCACAGGGAAGAGCUGGGCAGAGGGGGGCGGCUCCGAGUUGUCCUCGCGUGUGGUGACAGCUGCCUUGCUGUCCCUCCUCAUCCUCUCCACGCUCCUGGGCAACACCCUGGUGUGCGCGGCCAUGGUCAAGUUCAGACACUUGCGCUCCAAGGUCACCCAUCUCUUCGUCAUCUCCUUGGCCGUGUCCGACCUCUUUGUGGCCGUGCUGGUGAUGCCCUGGAAGGCGGCCACCGAGGUGGUGGGGUUCUGGCCUUUUGGGGCUUUCUGUGAUGUUUGGGUGGCUUUUGACAUCAUGUGCUCCACAGCAUCCAUCCUCAAUUUGUGCAUCAUCAGCAUGGACCGUUACUGGGCCAUUUCCAACCCUUUCCGCUACCAGAGGAAGAUGACAAAGCAUGUGGCGUUCAUCAUGAUCAGGGUGGCUUGGCUCCUGUCUCUCUUGAUUUCCUUCAUCCCCGUGCAGCUGAAGUGGCACAAGGACCAUGAGCUUCUCAGCCAACAGGAGAAAGGUUUUAACACCACCAGGGAGGAGCAGAACUGCGAUUCCAGCCUCAACAGGACUUACGCCAUCUCAUCUUCUCUCAUUAGCUUCUACAUCCCCGUUGCCAUCAUGAUCGGGACCUACACCCGCAUCUUCCGCAUCGCCCAGCGGCAGAUCCGCAGGCUCUCCUCCCUGGAGAGGGCAGUGGAACAUGCCCAAAACUGCCACAGCAGCGACUGCUCGCACGAGGCCUCCCUGAGGAACUCCUUCAAGAAGGAGACCAAGGUCCUCAAGACCCUCUCCAUCAUCAUGGGUGUCUUUGUCUUCUGCUGGCUGCCCUUCUUCGUGCUCAACUGCGUGGUGCCCUUCUGUAACCUUGACCUACAUGAGCUGGGAGAGCGACCUUGUGUCAGCGAGACCGUCUUCGACACCUUCAUCUGGUUCGGAUGGGCCAACUCUUCCCUCAACCCCAUCAUCUACGCCUUCAACGCAGACUUUCGAAGAGCUUUUGCCUCCAUCUUGGGCCGCGGCUGCUUUUGCCCCAGCAACACGGUGCAGACGGUGAACUUGAGCAACGAGCUGGUCUCCUACCACCACGACACCACAUACCAGAAGGACGUGGUGACGCUCAGCUACCCCCAGCUGCUCCCACACGCCGCUCUGCGCAUGGAAAGCAAUGAGGUGUCUCCUGAGAAGGUUUCUCGGGUCUCCGAGCCCUCUGGCCUUGCCUUGCCUGUGGUGAUGCACAUGGAGCAGGAGGCAUCUGUCUCACUGGAGAUCAAACCUUUCACCAGCAACACGUUCAAUUGA